UUACAAGUUUUUGAAGAUUAAGUAGAAAUCAGCAAUGAAAAUGCUCACUAUGUGUUAUACUAUCAAGCUAAAUAAAACCCAACUUACACAACAAUGUAAUUCUACAAAGAUAUAUAAAUUUCGGAAUAAGCAGAUACACUUUGUAAUUAAUACAAUUUCGUCAUUAAGUUAUGGAUGGGGUCAAACUACGUGAUAUAUAAAUAUAGUAUUCUACCUCCCACUUAUCAAUAUUAGAUAACAUUCACAAACAAAGCUCUUUAUUACUUCGUUCAAAACGUACAAUGUUGACUAUAUUUGUACUUUCUGUUUUAUUGAUGCAAACGGUGUCCGAAAAGUUAAAACUGGAAAGAGUGAUUAUUUUAAGCAGACAUAACGUGCGUUCACCAUUAUCGGAACAUCUGGCUGAAAUCACACCAAGACCAUGGCCUCAUUGGGACGAAAAAAGUGGCUAUUUGACACCAAAAGGAGUAUACUUGGAAGGUUUGAUGGGCGAUUUUUUUUCUAAAUGGCUGCGGAACGAAGGUCUUUUGCCACAAGGAUGUCCGGAAAAAGUUGAUGUGUUUGUCUAUGCUAAUUCAAAACAGAGGACCAAGGUUACAGCAAGAGCUUUUGUUUUGAAAGCUUUUCCAGAAUGCAACAUAACUGUUCAUGUGGGUGACAAGAGUGAUCCAGUGUUUUCCCCAUUCGUUCAUAAUAAUACAGAUACAUUCAAGAAAGAAGUUUUAGAAGACAUGCAGGAAGUACUUGAUUCCUUACAUUUGAAUGCAUCAUAUGAAUUAUUAGAAAAUAUUCUUGACUAUAAAGAUUCAGAUAUAUGUAAAACAAAUCUUAAAUGUGACUUAGAGACAGAUAUUAAUAAAAUAACUGAGGUAACGGCAGGAAAAAAACCGACAGUGUCUGGACCAUUGAAGAUAUGUAAUACGGCUAUAGAUGCCUUUAAAAUGGAGUAUUACAACGGGUUUUCUGUACCCAAUGUAGCUUGGGGCGAGUUAAACAACUCCCGAUGGGAAACACUUUCAAAACUAACAGAAGGUUACCAUAAUGUGAUAUUUAACUCUACAAUGCUAGCAAAAGACAUCGCUUUACCACUUAUUAAAUACAUGAAGGAUAUAUUCAUUAAUAAAGACACAAAAUUCACUUUAUUGAUGGGACAUGAUGCUAAUAUAUUAACGUUUGUAACUGGCAUGAGAUUCAAGCCUUAUAUUUUGCCAAAUCAGUACGAAAAGGCCCCUAUAGGAGGAAAGAUUGUGUUUCAAAAGUGGUCAAACUCAAAUGAAGAGUAUUUUUUAAGAAUUCACUAUGUCUACUGUUCAACAAAUCAGCUGAGACUCGGUUCAAAACUUAGUUUAAUGAAACCUCCCCAGUUUAAAGUUUUGGAAUUGAAAGACUGUCCGGUUAACAAUGAAGGUUUUUGUCCGUGGGACAGCUUUGAAAAGUUAUUGAGAGAAUUUUAAUUUUUAUAAACUCACAGUUUAGCCAUAUAGGGAACGUGCAUGACUGAAGGGGGCAGCAUAGAAGCCGUCAGAUUUUUGGCGCGAGUCGUAAAUGUGAAGUUUAUACUUCUGAUGUAGCCCACAAGAUGGCAGAACCUACUAUGCACAAGAAAACGUACGAGAACGGUAGAUGGUAGCUCUUGCUUUGGCAAUGUAACACAUGUUUAUG